AACGUUAAUCAACUUCCGUGUCAGGUAGGAGGAAUAUGGAUUUGUUAUUGAAAUGUUUAUCACUGCUGUCGUUUAAUUAUUAAACCAAACAACGUCUACAAUCUUUGUUGAGCGUUGUCUUUGGUAUGAUAACAUUUAAGAUAACUUUAAAAGAAAAACGUUGAUUUUACUUUCGUUUUCGCUGAAAUGAAUGUAACAUUAAAUUAACGGAGUUCAAAUAGAUAUUUAAAGAUAAGUGUAUAUCUUCAUCAAUUUAUAUUGAUUAUGUUAAUAGUCACCGGCUUCUUUUUUUAAUGUUAACAUAUAUUUAAAGAGAUAAUUGAAAUGGGGUCGUGUUUUAGUCGUGUGAAUAAAAACAAAUUAUUGGCUGAUGAGGAAGUAAGUCAUGAUAAUGCAAAACGGCCGACUUCACCGUCACAAGUCACAAUGGCUGACAAAACACACGAAAGAGAAAAGGCCUACAAAAAUGAAGUGAAAAGCCUGGAAAAGCAACUGAAGGACCUUGGAACACAGAGACAGGAACAAGUUUUAAAACAUGAAAAUGAACGCAAGGCACUUGAUAAAACGAUUUCAAAGCAAAGAGAACAGAUUCGUGAACUGAAAGAGGAAAAUGAAACGCUCUUGACGAGACUUAGUGCUAUUGCUAGCGCUAAGCUUACAGACGGGAAUCCUAAUAUUGCAGACUUGAGUGAUGUUAACAGACCUACAAAACUAGCUGAACAAUAUUCAGAACUUUAUGACAAUGAAUGGACUGACGCCUUUGGUGUAAUAAAUGGUGGGCAAACGGAAGAAGAUGCAUGCCGUAUUCUUUUAGACAUGUUUUAUGUCAUUUACAGAGCUUGUAUCAAAAAAGCCGAUGAAGAUCGGGAUACAGUGACAGAUGCCAUAAAGCAUUUUCUCAAUGGGCAGCAGCCGCCGGUCGAGUUAUUAAAACAACUGAAAGACCAAAGAAAGAAAAAUACUGCAGUACACAAAUCUAUUAUUAAACAGGAAAUAAAAGAAAAAAUAAAACGUACUUUACCCGAAAAAGAACUCCGAAAAGACCAACAUGUUAAACGAUUUUUGAACAAGAGUAUAGGUUUGUGUUGGCGUAUGGCAGUUCAGGAUCCACCUGUCGUUGUUGAUGUAAAUAUUGAUCGAUCUGAUGAACUGCAUGAUAGUACUUUGUACAAGCCUUAUACAAAAUCGGGUAUUUACAUAGACUACAUAGUAUGGCCAGUAUUAUACUUGCACGAAAAUGGAAACAUUUUAUUUAAAGGCAUUGCUCAGUGUAAGGGUAAAAGCAGCAAAAACAGUAGAGUUCAUUCUCUAAUAACAACAAGAAGAAGAAAGGGACACGAUAAUCAUUAUAACAAAAACAACGAGAUGUUCUAUCAAUCGGAAACUUCAGCUCCUUCUACGACAGAGCCUGAUGUAAAAUCCGUAAUCGAGAAACAUGACGAGGAAUGCAUCGACAAUGAAGGCAAUCAGAUUUUGGACGACGAAAAAUCAAACAGUAUCAAAUCAAAAAGGAAAUCAUUAAGUGGCAAGGUUAAACAAAUGUUUACUAAUUUGGAAAAAACAUCAAGCAAUGUCAAACCUUAUCAAGAUAAUAGGACAGAAGUCUCUCAUUUACCAUCGGAGACUAGUAAUCUCGUAGAAUCAAAGGAACACACUGACGACGUUGAAACAUUGAUAUCAACAAGAACAAUGCAAGAUGGCAAAAUCACGAAUAACAACAUACUUACAAAGGACGAUCCUACAAGCGAUGAGAAAAUAACAAAAGAACAAAUGGUGAAAAACGACACAAUGAAUAACUUAAACCAAGUAGUAUGCUAAGUGCAUGUGCUAAAUUAAUAUAAAAUUGAACUGAGGGGCUAUUUAGGAGCAAUGCGGUAAAAUUCUGAAGUUGAUAUUUCAAAAAACGUAUAUACUGUUUAUAUACGCUUUGUCACAAAAAAGAAAACAAUGAAUGUAACUGGUAUAAGCUGUGACUUAUAAACGUUAAUUAUAAAAAGAUAUAUACUUAAUGUCACAAGAAAAGAAAACAACAUAUUCAAGCAAAAGCACAUGUUAACUGCAAUAAAUAUCUCGUCGUCCAUGGUUUUACCAACGCGUCUUCAUUUCUUUGCAGUAAAUUGUGAUACACUGUAUAUUGGUACACUCAUAUUGGUCAACGGUUUAAACCUUUCUUAAGAUAGCAACAUAGUAUUUUAUUUUGUCCCAGAAUGGUUUAUUAUGUUUACGUAAACUAUUCAUGUUUUUUUUAAUAAAAGAGACAUUCGCUGUUAAAACUAUUUCGGGAAUCGACUUGAAGGUAAUUAAAAACACUAUAGAAUAAUCACAACUUAUGAUGUGUCCGGGGUGUAACAGACGAAUCGUAAAAUAAGAUUUUUGCGUAUUCAUUAUUUUAUUUAAUUGCAUGAAUCAUCAAUGAAUGUUUUAAGACAAGGAAUACACGUACAUAAAAUAUAUAAAUUCAUUUUGUUUCCACCUUUAUGUGCUAUAAUGACUGUGCUAUAUUUUGUGUAUUACGCCAAUAUUUUCAUCCACAAAAUAUAAUUCAUUCUUUCUGAUUUUUGUUUCUGGUCAACAUUGAAAAAAAAUUGUUCAUGUUAAAAAUCCUGUAACACAAU